AUGCGUGGAACAGAGAUCGGGCGACCGCGCCACGGCAGCCUUCAGCUUCUCGUGGUCGCGGACCCAGCGGAGUACUUGGUUGCCUUGCACGCCGUACUUUUUAGCGAGCAUGUAGACGCUGGUGCCGUCGCGAAGGUGCUGUUUCACCACGUCGAGUUUUUUCGUGACGAAUCAGCGUUCAACACCAGCCCGUUUCCGCGACGCGACGUUGAUGGCUUGAAGCGAAAGUUUGCUCAACUACGCAAUCACCCCAAGCCCAGUGGCGACCCGACGUGCCCAAGUGACGUGGUGCGUGCGAAGCGCAUCAGUCGACAGAUCGACAACGAGGCGGCGGUGCUCAGUAUGAAAGACGAGAACGACGAGGAAGAUCACAACGACACAACGGUGAAGCAAACGAUGUUGAUCACCUGCUCGUCGAAGAUCAAGGGGUCGAGGAACAAGGUGAAGAAAGCGCGAGCCGGACUGGCCUAA